AUGGCCCGAGAGACGCUGGGUUCAGACAAACAGCAGCGCUUAGCCGUGCCCGUCCCAAUUAGGCAGUUGGGAGCGAAACACCCCAAUCACUCGGGUGACGCCGACAAAGGUCCGAAUCGUCAGUCCGCCGUUCUCACGCCUAACACGGAAUUGAACAUCCAAAAGCGCAGAAGACCUUCCUAUGGGACCAUUGAGACGGAUAGAGAAGCAUUCUACAACUUGGAUUACCCAGAGGAUGAUGCUGAGCUUCAGAAGCACCAAUUGGAUCCAAACCACCGGUUCUACUCCAGAUCAAGACCAAGAUCCCUCAAUUUGCCCGGAUUGCUCCCUUACAAGCCCGAAAACCCUCGUGAUAGAGCCAAAUUCCUCAGUCAUAUAGUUGCACAUCUAUAUAUCGCAGUAAAGAGCUUGGACAUUCAGGGCUCUGUCUCCAUCACCGCCAAAGACUUGGCCUCGCUUAGAAACGUGGCAGGGCUUUCUGACAUUGAUCUCGCGCUAGAAACAAACCUUUUCGAGAUUGGCAAUGAUAAUACCCGUGUGGCAGAAGACGAAGAAACGAAUACAUUUUUCUCACAGGAAGACUUAGAUGUGGGCGGAGAGGACGACGAUGAGUAUGAGGACGAUUCCGAGAUGGAAGAGGACGAUGACGACAUCAAGGAAAGCGUCGAUGAUUUCGAUUCCGGAGAAACCUCCCAGCACAAGAAGUCGCCCAAAUCGGCUGCAGUGGUGUCCACCAAGAUCUGGACCCACGAGCUUCUAGUCUGGCUCAAAAUGAAAUACGACAUGCCCUUGCUGCUCAGGAUGGCGCUAGCUCGUGUAUACUACGCCAUCUGCUGUUGCAGAGGCCAGCAUUUGAACCUCCGAAUCUACAUCAAGAUCUUUGAGCUCCUCACGAAAGAUGUUGAACUCUUGCAGAGCGUCGGGUUCGAGCUUCCAUGGAAGCCAGUUUUCCUUGAACUUGUGAACCACUUCCCUGGUGUUGAUGCCUCAUUCGAGCCUUUCGAGAAGAAGGACAUGAACUACAUGCUCAAGGUUGCCGAACGUGCCUCCAGCUUUUACCCCGCAGAGGCAUUGCCAGAGAUCUUUCAGCACUUGGGCAGUCGAUUCUCCAUUCCCAACGCCUCUUUGGUAUUAUCCACCAUGUGCAUGCUCCCAUUGACAUUCCAAGAUGACCCUACCAGCGAAUACGAUAUCCGUCACUACGUUCCUGCUUUGUUCGUGAUGUGGUCUAAACUCAGCCGUUCUCAUGGCGUUGAUUCUCAUCUCACAGCCCGUUUGGGAACAAUUGCCAUGUCCUACCUCACAAAGCUUGCCAAAAGCCCUUCAAUUGCGAGUAACCAGAGCCGUUUUGGUGUUUUCAACGAGCUGCAAUUCUUGUACUUGAUCAACACCCUUAUAAACAGCUUGAGUAUUAAUUAUGAGAAGUAUGGCUCGCUCAAAACGAGAUUCUUCCAUGGUUUCUCAAGUGCAAUUGUAUUCUCCAUUGACGCCGAAAACAGUUUGGGUGAGGACGGAAUCAUGGGCCAUAUCGAGACCCUUUUGAAUGCAAUCGAGAGUUACGUGCAUCCUUCUAACAGCGGAGAAUGGUCGAGACCAAUCUCUAAGUUCGUAUUGAGCUUGAUCUAUCAGUUCCAAAAGAGGUAUAAUCUCGAACGGCAACCAACUGCCACCCUCUACACAUUGGACGAGAAACACAAGUUGUCGACAGAAGUUGUCUCACGUUUUGUCAAGGAUCUCUUGCCGAUUGUUAAAACAGGUAUGCAAUCGAAGAAAGCCAGUGCGGUUGACGAUUACCUCGUUUGUAUGAAUCUCCUUGCAUCAAUGGACCCUGACCAGGUUUUGUCGGGAAUUCUCAUUGACUUAUAUGAGUCCCUAGAAGGUGUGAUUUCGACGCAUAGAGUCGUCACUGCGCUCCGUUGUCUCGAUGAAUGUGUCAGAUACUUUGCCAGCACUCCAGUAUACAGAGUUCAUUUGACUCGUUUGUUCACGUUGGCAUUACCGGGUAUCGACUCUAAUGACUUGACGAAAACCAUGCAUACCCUUGAAGCUUUUGCGGCAAUGGCCAGUUUUGUUCCUAUUCAUGAUCUCACGGAUGGCUGUGGCGAUUCCAAUUUGGCGAUUCAAUUCACCUCUUCUCAGAUGGACCACCUUCAGUCUAAAUUAUACAACAAAGAGUCUGACUUCCCCUUUGACAUCACUCCCGAGUUGGAAGAAGAAGCUGUCAAGUCAGCAUCCACAGCAUUCAAAUUGCUCAUGAAGACAUUCCUCGAACGUAGUAACGGAAUAGAGAAGGACCUUUGUGACUGUCUUCCAAAAUUCCUUUUCAUUAUGAUAGAGUCCAUGUCAGACGACAUCUUCAAGAGUUUCCGUGAGCAGGUGUUCAGCUUCGUUUACGAUAACUCGAUUCACUCUAUCGCAGAUGUGGUUGGUGAGAUUUGUGGUGGCGUCAUUAAGAGAGACCCCAAAUACUUCAAGCAAGUCGCACCUAUCCUAAUUGACCGAGUCAUGGAGGAGGUUUCCGAGAAUGGCGCUGGAAAAGUAAGAACUGGUAUUGAUAUCGAACCACUUGACGAGGCACUCUUUUGGAAUUUGAUAAUUCUCAACGAAUGUAUCGGCAAUGCGGGUGAGAUGGUAGUCACUGUUGGCCCAAAGCUCAAUAAGCUUUCUUACUUUUUGAUGGAUAAUGUGAAGGGGUCAGUUGUUUUUGCUAGCACAUACAUGCUAAAUCAAAUGCUUCAAGCUGUCACGAAGAUGAGAAUCAAUGAGACCAGACUCAUCAACCCUUCUUAUGCCGAGAAACACGGCGUCGAUGCUAGGUGUUGGGGUGGAUUCCAGUUUAACGAUUAUAGGUUUUCGAAAGAGAACCUUACUUUUGACUGGUUCAUCCCUGACGAGAAAUGCGUUCGCUUUGCCGUGGACACCUUUAAAGCCCAUAUCUCAAAAGCUCUUCAGAACAUUCUGAGAGUUCUCAAGGAAAUCAUCAAAACGAAGGAUUCAACCUCGCAGAUCGCUCUUGAGUUAUCUGACGAACUCAGAGUUAAUUUGCUUUACUUAGGCUAUGGUGUUAGUGGUUCGUCUUAUCUUUUUGAUCCUUCGUUCGAGGAGGACAUUCCCCGUUUGAACGAACACAAGAACGAGUCCUUACAGCACAGGCUCCUUCUUCUCAAGCAACUUCGUGAUCUUAAAGGUUGCAAAUUCAGCACCAAGGACGAGGCACGGAUUGAGAAUGUACAAGAAAACUUGCAAAAGAUUGUGGAUGAUAUCGAGGGCAAGGAUAUCAUUGAUUUCACCGAUGAGCUCGAGAAGACCUUCGAUAUCGACAUGUCUCAAUUUGUGGACUCCCAGAAAAAUGACUCCAAUGAGAGCCUCAAUGAGAAGCAACCGAUCUUCAGAAGACCUGCCGACGCAGGAGCCGAAACUAGCUCAUUAAGUCAAUCGAAGUCGCCCGUCAGCGAGUCUGCAAGAGCAACCCCAAUGCUCGGCGGAGUCGAUCUCACAACGUUAAACCCAGCAAUCACAUUCCGUGAGCGCAAAAUCUACACAAGUAGAUACUACUUUGGAGAUGAUAUCGAGCAGCGCAGAGCCAAUGAGAUGUACCUUGAAAUCCACAGAACAAGGCAUUUGGUUGGUAAGAGUUUGCACAUCAUCUUCAAAUUCAUGACCACCCACCUUUACGACAAUAUUCGCAUUUUUAAACAUUUACUUUACGUGCUUGAUAUAUGGUUUGCUGACGUUGGUCGCGAGAGAAACUUGGAUUACAGUCACUCUAGAAUCUCUUUCAGAUAUUUGAGCGACAUUCAAGAGCUCAACAGGAUCAGGAAGCCAUUCACAAGAUUAACAUUUGGAAGCAGAAUCGAGUCAUACCAUCAAAUGCGUGUGGCAUUACACGCAACCUCAAGAAAUAUGUCUGACCUCGAUCGCAUUUUAAUCGAGGACUUGUCAAGAGCUUCUUGUUCAACUUACCUGGCUAUCGCCGACCGUGCACAGGCAACUUUGCUUGAUGCUAUGAAGCGUGUGAAUAACUCCUACAAUGUGAUCAUCAAGACGACUUUCAAGAUCUUAUCUAAGGCUUUAGAUGAAGACAACCACAAGAAGAUCGAGAGUGGAUUGAGUAUCUUUGAGCUUAAGCGCAUCAAAUCUAAGAUGCAAGGAGACUUUACCUACCUUGGUAAGUACAUCGAUAUUUUGCAUCGUUCUAUGCUCGUGGAUCGUGUGGAAGUCAGCGAUUUGGCACAAAAGUUGUUUCACAAUCUAUGCGGUGCCAUUUCUUUACCAAGCAGGGUUUGCUUGAUUGAUGAUGCCUUGGUCGACAGUAUCAGACCUCCCGACGAAUUCAUUGAUUUGGAAAUUAAGGCAGUUACACUUGCGAAAGAGAAGAAGAGAGAUGUAUACUCCGACAAGCUCAGCAAAAUAGAGGAUGGGCUCAUUGUUAAUGAGAAGCAGAAUAGUCACUGGAAACUAAGCUCCCUUAAUUUGCUGUGCUUGAUCGAGAUCCAAGUCGAGUAUGGUUCACCAACGAGAAAUGAUGUCUUCCAGGUAUUGACCAAAGCUUCUUCAAGCGACCAUCCACUAGUCUCACGCUUGGCUUUGAAAGGAAUCAGCAAGUUGCUUAAUAAGCUAUUUUUGUUAGGAUCUUUCGAUUACAGCUUGGAGAAUGCCUACGACUUGACUCAUGUGAUGAGGGACUACAAGGUCGUCGAUACACUGCCAAAGAAUGAUGUAUCAUAUUCUGAAACCUGGAAGAAAGAGCUCCGUAAUGAAAGCAACCCUGAUUACUUCAUCGACCAAAAAGCCAAUUGUGGUUGGCUCUUCUGGGAUGACUCUAUGGUUGCAGCUAGGCCAGAGCCGUUGAUAGAUCUCAAUUUGAAUGAGCAGGAUCAACAAGUGCUCUCUGGCUUUGCGUCAUGUGUAACACCAAAAUGGUUCCGUAACAUCGUGAACUUGUGGGUGACCGAUAAUGAAGCUAAUGCUGCAUUCCAAGGUACCGAUGUUUUCGCAACCGCUGGCAUUGUAUCUUUGAUUGCUACCGGGACAAUUCAAAACUUCCUGUUUGAGGAGUUCUUGGAAAUCGUGAGAGAGGUUUACGUUCCAGAUGACAAGGGCUCACAUAUUGUUAUUUGUGAAUUGAUCUCGGGUAUGCUCAUUGCAUCGAAGAGCACUACACACGAAAUGGCACAAAAGAGAGACGACUUUUUGGUUCCAUUCUUGACCAAUAUCUUCGAAAAGGAUUUGACAUCUGAAACGAAGAAUAUCUGGACCAUUUUCUCCUGGUGGGUGCCAUCACACAUUGACUGCAAGCGGUUCCCUAGAGUUACUAAGGUCUUGGUUGACUUCAAGCUCACAGAUGAUUCCGAUUCCGCCUUGACAAAGGCCACUCGUUUGAGCUACCUUCGUUCUGUGGUUGUCUCCAUGACUUGGGCGUUCCCUAAUCCAGAUGAUAUUCUUCAGUUGUGUUUCAGCAAUCUUAACAACAAAUACCAAGCUGUUAGAGAACAGAUUGGCUCUUUGAUUGCAGUGACGUCCUUUUCCUUUUACGGUGAAUCGAUGAAGGACAGUGCAACAUUUGUCGAUGCUUGCAAUACCGAGCCAGAGUUGAUGUACAAAAGAAGCAUGAACCAUCUUCUUUUCGAGAAGCUCCCGUCAAUUUUCGACCAAAUUGAGGUGUGGAGAAAUGAAGUGAAGGACUUGCCAGCUCAUGAAAUCUUGAAUUCCAACUACAUUUGUGCCGCAACAACAGUCCUCAGCUGGUUGACUCAAGCCCUCAACACAAGUAUUGCCAUCCAGUACCAGGACUUUGUUAGCAAGUACAUUGCCCCCUUCCUUUUGCAUUUGACGGCCAUGAAGGAUGUGUGUCAGUUGGGAAACAUUGAACCCAUCUCAGCAUUCAAAAAAGUUUCACAGAUUCCUUUCGAACCUCAUUGCUUGGAAGAUGUGGUAACAAUGCUUGAAGGGUACAGCAAGGACGGCUUGAACCACGUUCAGUACUUCAUUCUUGGGGAAUUCACAGAAACCAUCUAUUUCAAGAAUCUUUUCUUCUUGACCAGGUCUCAGAGAGAGCGUAUCUUUGAGUUGACUGUGACCUUGAUGUACCACAAGAAUGUUGAAAUUCGUGAGGCCGCAUCGUCGACCUUUUCUGGUUUGGUUCAUACCUCGCCACCAGGAAUUGUUGAUGAGAUUGUUGAGAACUACAAGAAGCGUUUUGUUACAGACUUGGACCGAGUCAGAAAGCAGCAUCGGAAAUCAGGAUUCAAAAAUGUCACAAACGCAGAAACCAUUUCCAUGCAUGGAGCUACUCUCGGCCUAGGUGCCCUUGUUCAUGCAUUUUCAUUCCAUUCUCCACCGCCACCUUGGAUUCCAGAGCUUUUGACACUCUUGUCCAACAAGGCAUCGGGUGUUGUUGGAGUAGUUGGAAGAACAGCUAAGGAUGCGUUGGGCAAAUUCAAGAAAACCCGACAGGAUACAUGGCAUGUCGAUAGCAAGGUAUUUUCCGAAUCACAAAUGCAAGACUUGGAAGGCGUUUUAUGGAAGAGCUACUUCAUUUGA